AUGCGAGUGGACCCCAGUCAGUCCGCACCAGACCUUCCAGCGAGCGAGUCCAUCGUCCGGGCACCUGCAAAAAUGCCAGCGGAAACCUGCCCACUCUGUCUGCAGUCGUACGCCCGGCUCGGGCAGCACCUGGUGGUCACCCACUGCGUCAAGAACCCGGAGGAGAGGAAGCUGCUCCUUGCCAUGGAGUCGGGGCGAGUGAACGCCCGUGCAGGCCUCUGCCCGCUUCCUGCGUGCGGGAAAUUCUCCAACAGGCUCGACCGCCACAUCCGCACCCACUCCGAGGUCACGGCGGGGAUGCAGGACGAAGCGCUCCGCUACUGCAAGAGGAGGGUGUGCCUCGAAAAGCUGACUGCCCUGAGGGCCUCCGACCCCGCUCCUCCGAUGGUGUCCACCCUCGACCUGGAGCAGCAGCAGUUCAUCGAGGAGGACCCGUCCAACCCCCAAGACCCAGAGACCCUGGAGGAGGAGGAGUGCGACAAGCAGGGCUGCAAGAACGUCAAGGAGCUCCUCAGGAACCAGGUGGUCGACCUGAGCAAGCAGGUCGACACCCUCAGCGAGACCCUUCGGACGGUCACCCGGAGGUAUCGCAUCCUGAAGAGGAGGUCGACCUCCUUGGGCUCGGUCCGAAUCGGGCGGGCGGCCAAAAGGCUCCUCUCCUCCCUGGGUCCGGAGGAAGAGGAAGGCGCCCCCGUGGAAGAAGACCAGCAGCAGCAGGCGCCCCGAUCCUCGUCCGAGGAGAAGACUCCGGAGGGGGGCGAAGAAGAGAAGCCUUCCACCAGCCAGCAGCCGGAGGACCCGGGGGAGGAGCAACCCCACUACCCCGACCACGUGGGCGCGCCAAACGAGAUCGUGGAGGAGUACAGGCGCCACAGGGAAGGCCCGGACCCCGGCACCAAGCUGAAAGAGAACGUCGGCUGCCAGGUGUACCGGAUCAAGAAAUUUUUGGCGGCCAUGGCGAGGGGAAAACAGAACUUGGCGGACUUCCGUUUCCUGGACGACACGGCCAGGAUACACGGCUGGGUCAGCUCCCUCCGGCGGGCGAAGAUGACCGUGACCACCAUACAGCACUACGUCCUGAACGUGGGAUGUUUCAUGCGUUUCCUGUCAGAGACCCCUCCGCAGUCCUGCCGCUUAACAAAAAAAGCCCUGGUCGGCCUCCGCAGGGAGAUGGGGGCGCUCCGCAAAUCUAUGAAGUGCAGGGAACUCGCCGCCAAGGCCAUCCCGGACCUUUUGACCCUCCUGGAGAACGAGCCCACGCAGAAGACCCUGUGGAGGCUCUACGGGCACUUUGCGGCGCUGCUCGCCUCCGUUUACGGCCACAGAGGGGGGGUUCUCCAAAAUAUAACCAUGCAGGAGGUUCUGGGGGCCCGCAAGUCGACCUCGGAGAAGGCGUACCUGAUAAACGUGGCCAACCACAAGACGAACAUGGCUUUCGGGUCGGCCCAAAUCGUCUUGACGGAGGAGGAGUUCGGUUGGGUGAAUCGACUCCUCCGAGUCAAAGAUGAGCUUCCCGGCGGAGCCUCGGCCAAGUUCCUGUUUUUUACCUCGACCCCGAACCCAUGCAAAAAUCUAAAUUCCUACUUCCAAGAGGCCUGGAUGUCCAUGGGCCUUCCCGGGUGCCCCACCUUCACGGACGUCCGCACGUCCAUCGCCAGCCACAUAAAAUUCACCCACUCCAACGACGACCGGGUCAAGCUGUCAAAGUUUAUGUGCCACGACACAAGGACGGCGGACAAGUUUUAUGUGGCCAACUUGACCCCCCAGCAGGCCAUGGAGCACCGGAGGCUCUUCGACACCGCCCUGGAGGGCGAAGAGAGGGGCUCCCCGUCGAAACAGCCGACCUCACUCAAACGCAAGCGGCCCGCGAAGGGGAAGGAGCCCCUCAAGAAGAAGAGGAGAGCUCCAGAGUCCUCGGACGAGGAGAUGACUUCGGGCAGCACGACUCCAGAGGCGACCAAGAGCCCGGAGUACCAGGAGUCGGGGACGUCCAGCCCCGACUCCAGUGGGCACGAGGAGGAGGAAGAGGAGGAGGCCGAGUCAGGCGCAGCGGCGGUGGGAUCCCAAGAGGAGGAGAAGGCCGAGUCAGGCGCAGAGGCGGUGGGAUCCCAAGAGGAGGAGAAGGCCGAGUCAGGCGCAGAGGCGGUGGGAUCCCAAGAGGAGGAGAAGGCCGAGUCAGGCGCAGAGGCGGUGGGAUCCCAAGAGGAAGAGGAGACGACCACCCCAAAAAAGUACCCGCGGCGGAGAGGGAAAGCUACGGUGCUCCUGACACCUCUAAAAUGUUUGUCGUCGACCCAAAGGCACGUUUCCCCACUAAAAGUUAAGAAGGCCAUCUUUUCCCCCACCUCCACGACCCUCGUCGGCCUGACACGCCAAAAGGAGGUCUCCAAGAAGGUGAAGGAGGCCAUAAAGAAGCGCAGGCAGCGCAAAUAG